CUGAACUUAGGUUUCAUGUAAAACCCAGCUUGGUACCUUUCCCCCACCUCAUUUUCUAUACCCCUCUGGAGCUUUUUGUUUUUUUAAGUUAGGAGCAAAAAAUCAUAUCCGUCAGGAGAGAAGUCCAGAAUGUUAUAUAAAAGGGACUUGGUGGUGAAGUCACAGUACUUGGAAUCUUCUGGCUGACUGCCCAGCAUAGGCAUCUGCACUGCCACCCUGUUAAAAUGUCAGUGGAGGGGCAAUAAGAGAACUUAGUGCUCUGGCUGUUGCCAGGUAUAAUUUAUAGUUAAAAGAUCAAAGUAUACAUGUCAUCUAAUAUUGAGGGUAUGGCUACACUGGAGAGUUGCAGCGCUGGUGGUGGGUUUACAGCGCUGCAACUUACUCACUGUCCACACUUGCAAGGCACAUACAUCGCUGCAUCUCCCUGGCUGCAGCACUGGCUGUACUACUGCUCUGCCUGGGGAAUAACGAUUGCAGGGCUGGUGAUGCAGCGCAGCUCCGCCAGUGUGGCCACUAAAAGCGCUGUAAUUGGCCUCCAGAGUAUUCUGAGGUAUCCCAGAAUGCCUGUUCAGCCACUCUGCUCAUCAGUUCGCACUCUACUGCCCUGGCCUCAGGUGACCCGCCCUUUAAAUGCCCCGGGAAUAUUAAAAAUCCCCUUCCUGUUUGCUCAGCCAAGUGUGGAGUACAAUCAGAAUCUUUCCAGGUGACCAUGCCUCCACGUGCCAAACGAGCCCCAGCAUGGAGCAAUGGCGAGUUGAUGGACCUCAUCAGUGUUUGGGGUGAGGAAGCUGUGCAGUCACAGCUGCGCUCCAGCCAUAGGAAUUACGAUACCUAUGGGCAGAUCUCAAGGGCCAUGCUGGAAAGGGGCCAUGAGCGGGACGCGGUGCAGUGCAGGGUUAAAGUGAAGGAGCUGCGGAGUGCCUAUUGCAAAGCCCGCGAGGGAAACUGCCGUUCCGGUGCUGCCCCUACGACCUGCCGUUUUUACAAGCAGCUGGAUGCGAUACUUGGGGGUGACCCCACUGCCAAUCCGACGACCAUGAUGGACACUUCAGAGCGGGGGGAGGGGGUGGGAGAGGAGAAGGAGGGGGAGGAAACCGAGAGUGAGGGUACUGGGGUGGAGGGAGACACCCCAGAGUCCCAGGAGGCAUGCAGCCAGGAGCUCUUCUCAAGCCAGGAGGAUGGUAGCCAGUCGCAGCAGCUGGUACUUGAUGAAGGACAAGCAGAGGAGCGGGUUCCCGUGUCCUUGACUACUCGACUGCCCGUAUCAUCCAUUGCUCAGAGGCUACAAAACCUCAGGAAGAAGCCACGAAAAAGCAAAGACAUGCUGAAAGCAGUUAUGGAUCACUGCCAGAGAGUAAAAAACUGCAGGACUGGAGGGAAACGGAAAGCAGGCUCUGCCAGAGAAAUGCAGCGGCUAAGAAGAAAAGCACAAAACAGCUGAUAAGCAUCCUGGCGCGCCAAGCGGAUUCUAUCCAGUCACUCAUAGCCAUGCAGGCAGAGCACUACCGUGCUGCCCCCCCCAUCCCAAAGCUCUUUCCCUUGUGCCCCAAUGUCAGCUCCAAACCCCCUUCCCCAGCAUCCAGGUUCUUACCAUCACCAGCUGCUCCCAACACCGGUACGUUCACCAACCAGCCCUGAGAACUACAACCCCUACCCUCUGCACUCAACCCCCAUCACCAUGCAGUAUUUUCAUCCUGAAGUGCAGCAGUCAUUGCACAGGACUCCAGACAGGACAUAUUCAAACCUGUGAUUGUACAGUUCACCACCUCACCCCCCUACCCUUUUAGGUUCCCAAAAUGUUGUGUGUCUGUCAAGAAAGUUAUUUUCUUUUCAAUAAAUGAAUUCUUGGCUUUGAAAAAA